AUGGGUUCUACUGCGUCGCCUGCCGAUAUGCCUAAACUUACACUCUACCGAGCCAACGGAGCAUGCUCUCUUGUUCCACACGCUCUUCUCCGGCAUUUCAAAAUCCCCUUCAACGCCGUCCUGAUUAAAGGUGGCCCCGAUGGAGCUGAAGCAGCAGACGGGAGUUUCACAAAUGCCCAAUAUCGCUCCAUCCACCCCAGAGGCUACGUCCCCGCCCUGGCCGUCGACAACGAAGUCAUCACCGAAAUGCCCGCCAUCCUCACUUUCAUAGCCUCACUGAUCCCGAAUGAGAACCUUUUAGGGGUGACCCCAUUUCAGCGUGCGAAAGUGCUGGAGUGGCUGGUUGUCUUAUCGGGCACGCUGCACGGUAUUGGCUACGGACCUGUUCUUCGGCCAGGUCGCUUCAGCGAUGAUACAGCCCACCAUGAUGCCAUCAAGUUCAAGGGGGUGGGAGUGGUCAGAGAGUGCUUUCAGAGGAUCGAUGAUCAGUUGAAGAGCUGUGAGUUUAUGGUUGGACAGGCCUUGACAAUCGUUGAUUUCAAUAUCUAUAUUUUUGCGCGUUGGGCACAUAGAGCAGACAUUGAUGUGAAGACGGAGUAUCCUCAUUACUUUGAACAUCUCCAGAGGACGGAGAAGUUGCAUGGGGUGAAAGAAGCUGUUGAGGCUGAGGAUCUCAAGCUUGAGUUUACCUAG